AUGCAUCUCACUCGUUUAUUUGCAAGUGUUUUACUGGGUCACCAGUUGGCAAGUGCUGCACUGCCGGCAAAUCUUUGCCCAGAUGCUGUGAUCAUCCAGCCAGUUGUGGUCGUUGACCAGUCCCCUGUCCUUGUCAAUGGUUUCUUCCCCCAUGACACCUCUUUACUUAUCAACGGCAUUGCUGUGCCAAUAACCAAUGCUCCAAUUUCUCUAUCAACAGUUAUCACUGGAUCCAGUAGCAGUGCCGCUACGCUCACAAGCGGUGCGGGACUAUCGGCCGCUACAUACACCACCCUGACUGGGUACUUCAAUGGCCCUGCUGGGUCCGAGCCGAAAACAAUCACGUUCCCUCCCUCACAGCCAGGCGGUACUGGCACUGUCAUCGUCGAAUCUCCUGCCCCCUCUGCGUUCAACGGACCUUACACGACCGUGACAGGCGGAUAUGAUGGAAGCGUAACACGCUCGCUUACACUACCUCCUGCCGGAACUGAUACCAUCGGCACCGUGAUCGUUGAGACUCCUGCUGCGAGUAACCUCAACGGCCCUGCAGCCUUCACAGGUCCAUACACGACCUUGACAGGCGGGUAUGAUGGGAGCGUGACGCAAACGUUUACACUGGACCCUGCUGGCACUGACACUGUCGGAACCAUCAUCAUCGAGACUCCUGCUAGCGGUGUUUCGGCCAUCAAUGGGCCUGCGGCUUUCACAGGGCCGUACACGACGAUAACAGGAGGCUACGGAGGCUCAACCACUCUCACUCUGACCCUAGCACCCACUGGCAGCGACACAGUCGGCACGGUGGUCGUGGAGACGCCUACAACUGGCAACAGCCCUUUCACCGGGCCCUACACCACGAUCAGCGGAGGCUAUGGUGGCACCACUACAUUGACAGUGACGCUGCCGCCCUCAGGCACUGGUACUGUUGGAACUGUCAUCGUCCAGACGCCCACCUCUAGCAGCGUGAACGGCGCGGCACCUACGUCUUCCGAAUCUACAGGUGCCACGGGUGCCAGCAACCCAUCGUCGAGCACCUCAUCCCCUACGACUUCGGCAGAAUCUUCACCUUCCAGCACAGCGAGCGCUUCAACUUCCCCUCCCGCAACCACUUGCUUCGCCACGGUUACCUCGACGCCUAGCUCGCAGACCUGCGCGACAGGUCUCCCUCAGGCAUGCGAGAGUCUCUCCAGCUCGAGCGGCCUAGCACUGAUCCCGCUCGUCCCGCUCUGCCUUGCCGCUCUUGGUCCUUUCGCCGUGGGUAAUGUGGCCACCUGCUUGACCACUGAUACCAUCAGCGUGACCACAGCCGGCACGACUAUCGUCUCCUGCCUCAACACUGCCUUGUCAGGGACCUGCAUUUCGUCGCUUCCUGCAGCUUGCUCGAACCUGUCCAACGAGAAUGGCCUUGCACUUGUGGCCGAUGUCCCGGCUUGUGUGGUUGCCCUCGGUCCCUUUGCUGUCGGUGAAGCACUGGUCUGCCUCUCGACAAGCAGCAUUGCCGAGACCACCACCGGGGCCAGCAUCAUCACCUGCCUCAAUAAUGCCCUCAAGCUCACGUCUGCCACGCCGACCACCAGCGUCGUGCCCACGGCUUGCCCUGCCGCUUCCUCCACGCCGUCGUCGGGUUGCCAGGUCUCUCUACCACCAAACUGCGCAAAUCUGGCAUCCGUCAGUGGCCUGGACCUCAUCGUAGAUGUUCCCCUGUGUCUCACAGCCCUUGGCGUGUACGGCGUCGGCAACGCAGCCGCCUGCCUUGCUACGGAUGUCAUUACUACCUCUACCACCGGCGGCUCCAUCAUCAACUGUCUCAAUACAGCCCUUGAGGCGUCGUGUCCGACUUCCCUGCCGAGCGCUUGCACGAAAUUGAACAGCGACAACGGGUCUGCUGCGCUCUUGGUCGACAUCCCGCUCUGCGUGGUGGCUCUCGGGCCCUUCGCAGCGGGCAACGCUGCUGUCUGUUUGUCGACGACGACACUGACUGAGAGCACUACUGGAUCGUCGAUCGUGGAGUGCCUCGAGAAGGCGCUUGGUAUCUCUCUGUAG